AGUUCUGGAACCUCCUAGAUGAUCUGGCUGAAAGUAACCCUGAGAGCUAUGAGAAGUUCAUUGCACAGCAGCUGAAAGAAGGGAAACAGCUUUGUGCUGCCCCAGAACCACAGCUCUGUCUGCAAACCAGAAUUCUAUUCCUCUGGGAGCAGCAACUGGAUUCUUGAUGAAAAGCCAGCAGCUCUGGGGAAAUCAGAAACCAAAAGAAAAAAUACUUUUUAUCAACCUAUGUCAGUGGAAAAGGAUUCCAGCUCCCCAAUCAACCACUCAUCCAGUACCUCUAAGUGUUGGCAGACCAGAAGAUAUGUCUGAGACAUCAGAUGUUUACACAGUCAUCGAUGUUGCCUACAAUCCUGAUAUUCUCCAGGCAGCAGAAAAGGACCAAGUGAAAAAAAAUCAGUUAAUACGGAUGGCCAUGAAAUGCAUUGAGGAACAAUUCCAGUUUACUCUCUCACACUUUUACCAUAUUACCAAUUUUAAAAUAAAGGGAAGCAUUCAAAGGAUGAAACAAAAUCUAAUGGGAAUCCAAACUGACCCCACAUAUUUAAGAGAGAAAAUGAGAAAGGAACUAACCCUUGAACAGAUAAGAAACAGUACUGUGAGCAAUCCAGAUCACUUCCCUCAUCUUUUACUGCCAAAAGACCACGUUUCAGGCCAAACAAGUUGCCUGAUAGAAGAGAUUUCCAGUAAAGAGAUCCAGGUGGAGAUGAAGAGACCAGCCUAUGAAUUAAAAAUUGUGACAGACCAGAAAGAGAAACCACUGAAAAUUGAAUUAAAAGUUGAAUUACCUGGUAUUAAUUCAGUAUCUCUUUGUGACCUUAGUGUUUCUGAGGAUGAUUUAUUGAUUGAGGUAUCUGAGAAGUACAGAUUACAUCUGAAUCUUCCAAAACCUGUGAAUACUGAAAUGACUACAGCAAAAUUUAUCAAAGAGAAAGCUACAUUAAUCGUCACAAUGCCAUUGGUGUAAGUCAAGAGCAUCACAGGGUCUUCAGUGCUAAAGUUAUGUGAAUUACACGGCCUUCAUUAUGGGUAAAGAAGAGAUAGUGGUUUAUCUUAAACACUAGUUUCAUAUUUUCUAAGAGUUCCUUUUGAUGGAAAGAGAUUUUCUCAUCAGCUGCUACCUUUUUUUUAAAACUCACUUCUCAAAUAAACUUGGCAUCAAGCAAAAACUACUAAAAACAGUAUUGCCAUGAUAUACUUGUUUUGAAGGUAUGUGUAAUGGUCUUAAGUAACUUAAAUACCAUUUGGGAAAAUUCUAUUUGUUUCCAAGUAACAUGAGAAUUCUGUUUAUUGGUUAAAAAUUUUUGCAUCAGGAAUAAUUCCCAGACUGUGCAAGAAGAUUUUUAUUAUCACAAUGGGCCACAGCAGUUAAGUUUCCUCCAGCAAUAAAGAUACAAGGCCAAUGUAACAAUACGCAAA